AUGGGGAGUCACGUCACUGAGAUUUCUCGAGAGGACUUGGAGGAACUCAGACAGGCCUUUGAUAGAAUCGAUAUCGACAAAAGCGGCUAUGUGAGUGACUUUGAACUUCAGGAGCUGUUCAGAGAGGCGAGCUACUCUCUGCCGGGGUACAAAGUCCGAGAGAUCGUCGAAACCUUCGUGGCCGGAGACACAAACAAAGAUGAGAAGAUCAGCUUCGAGGAAUUUGUCUCUAUCUACCAGGAGCUGAAGAGCAAAGAGUUCAGUGAGACGUUCAGGAGGACCAUUUCCAGGAGAGAUGGGAUUCGCUCCUUCGGAGGAAUGUCGGGGAUCUCCAGCGAGGGAACGCAGCACUCCUACUCCGAUGAGGAGAAAGUGGCUUUCGUCAACUGGAUCAACAAAGCUUUGGCAAAUGAUCCGGACUGCCGACAUCUGCUGCCCAUGAACCCCGACAACGACAGCCUCUUCACCUCCGUCCGCGAUGGCAUCCUGCUGUGUAAAAUGAUCAACCUGUCUCAGCCCGACACCAUCGACGAGAGAGUCAUCAACACCAAGAAACUCACCCACUUCAGAAUGACAGAGAACCUGGUCUUGGCCCUGAACUCGGCCUCGGCCAUCGGCUGCACGGUGGUGAGCAUCGACGCCCAUGAUCUGAUGGCUGGGAAACCCCAUCUGGUGCUGGGAAUGUUCUGGCAGAUUAUCAAGGUCGGUCUCUUUGCUGAUAUAGAAAUCAGCAGGAACGAAGCUCUGAUCAACCUGCUGGAAGAAGGAGAAGAACUGGACCAUCUGAUGUCCCUGUCCCCCGAGGAGCUGCUGCUCCGCUGGGUGAACUACCACCUCCGCAAUGCAGGGACCAAAACAAUCAACAACUUCAGCGAAGACAUCAAGGAUUCUCGAGCCUACUUCUACCUGAUGAACCAGAUCGCAAUCAACGAAGAGGAAAUCUACAAAAAGACCCUCAAGAUCGACAUGAGUGGCCUCAAUGAGCGGAAUCUGGAGCAGAGGGCCGAGCUGAUGCUGCGGCAGGCGGCCAGACUGGACUGCAGGCAGUUCGUCUCCCCCCGCGACGUCGUUUCCGGAAACAGCAAACUGAACCUGGCCUUCGUGGCCAACAUGUUCAACAUGCACUCCGGCCUGCAGAAGGGCCACAUCAACCGCAGCAACCUGGAGGCGGCUCACAUCGAGGCUGAAACCAAUGAGGAGAGGACGUUUCGCAACUGGAUGAACUCUCUGGGCGUCUCUCCGUAUGUCAACCAUCUGUACAGCGAUCUGUGCGACGCCUUGGUGAUCCUGCAGCUUUAUGAAAAGGUCAAAGUGCAUGUGAACUGGAAGAAAGUCAACCGACCGCCUUAUCCUGCCCUCGGCGGCAAUAUGAAGAAGCUGGAGAACUGCAACUACGCCGUGGACCUGGGAAAGAACGUGGCUCGCUUCUCUCUGGUCGGUGUUGGAGGAGAAAACAUCAACGAGGGGAGUGCCAUACACACCUUGGCGCUGGUCUGGCAGCUGAUGAGGAGAUACACCACGAUGGUUUUGUCAGAUCUCGGGGAUGGAGAAAGGAUUGGAGAUCACAUCAUUCUGGGCUGGGUCAAUACCACCCUGGAGGAGAAAAAAAAAGACACACAGAUCAGCAGUUUCAAGGACAAGCUGAUCAGCACCAGCCUGCCUGUGAUUGAUCUGAUCGACAUUCUCGCCCCCGGCAUGGUGAAGUGGGACGUGGUGAAGAAACCGGAAAGAGGAAAAAUGGACCGGGAGGAUAAACUUGAAAAUGCAAAGUACGCGGUGUCACUGGCUCGUAAGAUUGGAGCUCGUGUCUAUGCUCUGCCGGACGAUUUGGUCGAUGUGAAUCCCAAGAUGGUGCUGACGGUGUUCGCCUGCCUCAUGGGCUACGGCAUGAAAAAGACCAAAUACUGAAACAGACAUGAACCAAACUCAGAGAGG